AAGGUUAAAGGGCUGAGUGAGGGCUGAGCUUGAAAGUAAAUACUUGACAAAUUCGUUUAUAUAUAUUUAUAUAUAUAUCUGCCGUGUCUUUUCACGUUAGUAGAAUAUAAUUACAUCUUCAACUUAUUUUGUGUAUAAUAUUGUUGUGGUGAGCUAAUAUAAUAAUUUUGAUAUCUCAAAGUAGUGAAGAAUAGGCCUGCUUUGGCAUUAUGGCGGCCAAACUUGUGACAAACGAAGUCCAUUCAGAUGGAAGUAGGCCUACUGACGCAAAGGGACAGAAAGAAAGUGGAACGUAUGCUCAAGCUGUAGCAUGUAUAAAACUUAACGAAUCCAGGGAAAAGAAAAAUAACAUAGAAGAAAACAGCAAUUUGAUAGGUGAUAACAGAACCGUAAGUCUAGUAAAUGCAAAACCUGAAUCAAGGCCAAACAUUUCCAAAUUAAGCAAUGGGGACCACGUGGGACUAUCCAACAAUAUGGAGGCAGAUGUUACAAGUGAUAUGACAGUGUGUUGUGAAACUGAGACACGUAUAGAAACUUGUUCAAGUAAGGUUUUAGAAAUGGAUUCUAAUAAUAGUGAAAAGAAGGAAGAAAGUGAACUGUUAAUUAAGAAAAGAGAUGUCAUUGAUGCCCCACCUCCUAAAGUAAAUCCAUGGACUAUAAAUAGAAAUGCAGCUCGUGUCAUAAGUGGUAAGACAGGCUCCAUGGUGGACAAGGCUGUAGGAAUAACUCUUGGUCAGAAUGAACAUAAACAAAUUGAACAUGGAAAAUCUGAAGGUAACAGCAACCCACACAUCUCUAACUAUAUUCCUUUAAAGAACAAGAAAAAUAAGAGUAAUAAAUUUGAAGACAUGAGUGAUUGGCCCACACUAGGUGAAGUUCAUUUGAAUGAAGGACAGAAAAGACAAAUGAAUCAAGAUGGUCAGCUAAGCCAGUCUCUGCAGGACAAUGUACCAGACUCAGUUGGAUCUUUGGUUUCAUCCUCUCUUUCUAGUAAAAAGAAUGGACCAGUAAUACAAAGUUCUCAAGAUGAUGACGAUUCUGCUAAAGAAAAUCAUGAAGGUUCUGCUCCAGGAACUGAUUCUGCUAGUACUACACCAAAAGAUAAUAAACGAAAAAGUGGAUACAAGCAAAAGUGGGUACCUCUAGAUAUAGACCCUGGAAAACAAGAUAGAAGAAAAGCGGGAAAAAUUGCCCAUCAAAAAUCGCCUCGUUAUCGAAAGGGAGAUGAGAUGAGCAUUAACAGAGAUGAGAAAAGUAAAGAAAAAUUGGGAUCUUCUAAAGAAACAUCUUCAGGAAAAGGUUCUGAAGCAGGGAAAAAAGAUUCUCGCCAAAGUGGGGGACGUCAAGGUCGUAGCUAUCGAGGGGGACGUAGAGGAAGAGGACAGGGAAGAGCUUGGAGCAGUAGAAGCAGAGGUGCCACCCAAGAAGACGUGCCUUAUUUCAGUGUGGACACAAAUCCAACCACUUCAUUCAUGACGCCAUAUUUGGGAAAUUAUAUGUUUAAUAACACUUACAUGCAAGUUGAUGAAACUACACUGAAAGAUUACAUAAGAAAACAAGUCGAGUAUUACUUUAGUGAAGAAAAUCUUCAGAGAGAUUUUUUUUUGCGCCGAAAAAUGGAUCAACAGGGAUAUCUUCCAAUCAGCCUGAUAGCAAGUUUUCAUCGUGUUCAGGCUCUUACUCAGGAUGUAGCUCUUGUGACAAAGGCCUUGAAAGAUAGUGUUGAAGUUGAAAUUAAUGACGGAGUCAGAGUAAGGACAAAAACAAACCCAGAAAUGUGGCCAAUACCAGAUCCCAUUUCAUCAGAACUUCAUCCCAAUGUUCCAGCCUUUGUUCCUGGUCAACCUUAUCCUGUAUUGCCUGAUUGGGAUACUGGUGCAGAUGCUGACAGUGAGUCAGAACCAGAAUGUGACAACAGUGAGCACUCCAAUCCACCUCUCGUUGCAGAAAAUGGUAAAUGCCUAAACAUCAGUAAUGUUGAACAAGAGAAUGACAACACCGAUAAGCCAUGUCAAGAAGACAUACUAGGCAACUUUUCACGUCGACAAAAUCUUGCAUAUAAUAAUUUUGGAAUAUCAAUGGAUGAAGCCUGGAAGGAAGUAAACAGAGCAAGACCUCCACCAAAAUCCAAAGAGAAAAAAGAGGAGGUUCAUAAAGUUAUUGAAGAUAGGGAAGAAUUGGAGUUUCAAUUUGACGAAGAACUCGAUACUACCCCAAAUGGGAGACGUAACAUGUUUACUGACUGGUCUGAUGAUUCAGAUUAUGAAUUGGGAGAUCAUGAAAUCAAUAAGAUUAUUAUUGUAACACAAACACCGCCUCCUCGGAAACAUGAAGGUUAUGACAGGACUGGUGACUGGAUUACACGGGUGAAAAUGACUCAAGAUCUUGCCAAAAUAAUUAAUGAUGGAUUGUUUUACUAUGAAGAAGAUCUCUGGAGUCAGCCAGAGUUGGUGGAAAGACAGUAUAAAACAAUAGAAGUUAUAUCUCAGGAAGAAUUUCAGACAAUUGCACCACCAGCACCUGUCAUUGCGAACCAGUGUGUGCCUCCUCCACCCCCACCAUCAGUUGAUAUUGAUGAUGUGGGUCAUUAUCUCUCUCGAUCAGUUCCUGCUAAUGUUCCAGAAACUCCAAAAGAUAGAACUCGAUUUCCAGCCACACCUCGAAGUAGGAAAAACAACACAGUUGCUCCUCGUUUUUACCCCGUUGUGAAAGAAAAGAAACCGGUAGACCAACAGACUCCAAGAAAGCAGAAGACUAAGUAUAGUAGUAAUCCACCUGUGGAACAUCAUAUUGGCUGGGUAAUGGAUAGUAGAGAACACCAGCCACGGUCUCGAGCAAGCUCAUUAAGUGAAAAUAUUCCAACUGAAAUCUUAUCUGCAAGCUAUGGAAGUACACCUCACUCACUACCAGCCUUUGAACAUCCCAGUCAUUCAUUGUUGAAGGAAAAUGGAUUUACUCAGCAGGUUUACCACAAGUAUAGAAGUCGCUGUUUAAAAGAAAGAAAAAGGUUGGGACUUGGCCAAUCACAGGAAAUGAAUACCUUGUUCCGGUUCUGGUCCUUUUUUCUUCGAGAACAUUUUAACCGUAAAAUGUAUGAAGAAUUUAAGAGACUAGCAUUAGAAGAUGCUAAAGCUGGUUAUAGGUAUGGCUUGGAGUGUCUCUUUCGUUUUUUUAGCUAUGGUCUUGAAAAGCACUUUCGACAAGAUAUCUACCUUGAUUUUGAGAGAGAAACUAUCAGAGACAUGCAGAAUGGUCAACUUUAUGGCCUUGAAAAGUUCUGGGCUUUCAUUAAAUACUACAAGAACAGUAGCCAGUUAGAAGUCAAUCCUGUUCUCAAAACCAAGCUCCAAGGAUACAAGAGCAUCGAUGAUUUUAGAGUUGAUGCUGCUAUAAUUGACAAACAGGAAAGAGAAGCUGAAAGGCAAAGGAAAGAAUAUGCAUACCAAAACCAAGAACAUAAAAAUAUGGAAGAUAAUAUAAAAACUACUGGCAGAAAAAAAUAUCCAUCAGAAUCAUCAUGUGGAAAGAGACACCGUCAAGACAGCUUUUCUCUGACAGGAGAGAGGGGACAAAAGAAUACUACUUCAAGUGAAAGUGGUAGAAGCCAAAAUCAUAAAUCUCAAUGGCAGAGCUCUGUUGGACCCCACAAACACGCUUCUUCACGGAACAGAAAACUGAGUGGUGACAAUCACAAUAAACGUAAUCCACAUAAAAAACAGUCCAGAAAAACUUUUGAUAAUUCCAAUAGCAGUGAAUCAUUAGGAAAAGAUGUACAUGGUCAAUCUGAAAACAGCAAAACCCAUCUACCUGUGGAAGAAUUGGACAACAGUACACCACAAAGCACUGUGGAGAUGUCAGAAACUCCCUCUAUAGUCAUUCCCUCAAGUAUUCAGCACCCACUACAAUGUGGAACUAGAAAUAUGGACAAAAUGAAGACUGAAGCUUUGUCUCAAGGUCAGAUUGCUAAUCAAAAUGAUGACGACUCUAACAUUAACUAACCAGAAGUUCAAGAAAGAUAUGAUUUUUCUCCAGUAAUAGCAAGGUAAGAGAAGAGCCCAUGACUCUCUGAUGAUGAAUUUACAGAAUGUUUUCAACAAAAUUAUCAUCAUCUGAUGGCAAUUUAAUUGUUAUUGGUUUCUGGCAAGGUUGUGGUCAUCUACUGUCAGCUUCAAGUUGGUAUGCUUGUUUUUGCUUCUCGGGCAACUGUUGGUUAUUAAAAUAUUUGGUAUCGGUUCACAUUUCAGUGCAUGUAAUGGUAAGUAACCUGGUAAUUUUCAGUGGUUUUAUGUACCGACACUGAAAUUUGAAUCAAUUGGAUGUGUAUAUUUGGUAAAAAAAAAUUUCAUAAUGAGAUUAAAUAUUAGUUUCACAUCUUGUAUUGUAGAGAUAACUUUUGUUGUUGUUUUUUGUUCUUUUUUUUUAAUCCAAAAGUCAGCUUAUGCUUAUUAAUAAGUGAAUUUGUUUGUAUUACUGGGAACUUAAUCAUUGUUUGUUUUGCUCUUUAUACUAAAAGCAACAAGAUUCCAAACACUACAUAAACGUGACCCAAUAUUGCUCAAGCUUACCUAUUUUCAUGUACCUUAGAACAUAUUUUGAGUUGUUGUUGGGCUCUUCUUUCAAUAUUGACAGCAAGUUUUGUAUUUUGUAAUUUUAAUAUAAAACUUAAGUAAUAUGUAGAAUUUGUACAUAUAUGAAUGUAAUGAAAAUUUACAGAAUUAAUGACUUUUCCAGUAACUCCUCAAAAUUUUGGUAUUUGCUUGGACAUCCUUAAAGUCUUUACUGAAAGAGACCUGAUCUCAAAAGCGUUUGCAGUUGUUUUAUGUUGCUGGUUCUUAAAUAAUUGUGUAACAUGGUUUAUCUGAGUUAAUUGGGUGGUGUUAUACAAUUAUCAAGCAUUUGUAUCAGCUGAUAUGGAAUAACUAUCCAGAAAUGAGAAUAUUUUGAGCAUCAAACUAAACAGAUUUUAAAAUAAAUGAAUAUAUAUAUAUGGUCCUUAACUAAACAUCUAGCCAAGUUGUUUAGCGUGAUUCAGUUUUACUUUGUUUUAAAAGUUGUAGUGUAUUUGUUUUUAUAGUUUUCCUGUUUGAGUUUAUUUCUGCCAAGAAAUUGGUCAGAAAGAAAAGGAUAAAUCACUUCAAUUGUAGCACUAUUAAAUAAUGUUUUGAAAUGUUUAUCAAAAAUUGCCAACACUGUAAUGGACAUUAAUGUAGAAAUUAAGUACACUGAAUAUUUUCCUAAUCUGCAUUUAGAUAACACAAAAAUAACAGUAGAUAAUAGGAAACAGCCCUGUUUUGUUGAGCAUUAUCAAUAUGGCUAGAACUAUUUGAUUCUUUGAAGCAUUACAUUUUGGGUUAUAGUGGCUUUCUCUGUUAUAGUCCAGUCAAGAAUGUGGUUAGUUUACUAAGUUGUAGUAUAGCAGAUGGUUGAAGUCUAGUUGAUGAAUCAGUAAGAAGUUAUCAUAACCAUAAAUAUGAUCAUAUUCUGUGAUAACUGAGAAUAAAAGCUUCAAGAAGAUGUGCUUAUAAAUGCUAACAGCAAACUUCUCAGUGAUGAAACAACUUAUUAUUCUGCCAGUUGACAUGAAUCCAAAUACUGUUAAAUUUGUGGCUCAUAAUAUUUUACAUUAGUGGUUAAAUUCACAAAUAGAAAAGGAAUUAUUAUUUUUAAAUCUAAUUAUCUUCAAUCCUCUUAUGGAUAUAGCAGAUGUGGUGUGGUUUUUAUGUUAUUAUAUCCUCUUCUUUCACUUAGAGGUUCUUAUAAUGAUGCAGAUUUUUUUAUCUCUCAGGAUAGGCUUCCGGUUUCAAAUUUGCAAACAUCUAUAAAUAUAUAAAUACGUAUAAUUACAGAAGCAUGUAAUAUUAGGCUGAUAUAAUAUUGUUUUGAAGAAAAAUUGUUACCUGUGGCAACUCUUCCAAAGGUCUUUAUGCUUUUGUGUGUGUGUGUGUGUUCUGUAUUGUAGUUGCAAAUGAUAAAAUUACUAUUAAUCAAAUAAUAUAAAACUACAGUGUUUCAAGGAAUGUUUAAAUUAUUAAAGGCAUUUAUUGGAAGUAAAGGUUGACUUGUAACUUGUGCAGAUUAACAGGUUAUUUAGACUUUGUAAUUUUAAUUGUGAUGUAACUUUAUAUGCAUUAAGCCUUUUCAGUUUGAAAAAUCAACAUAGAGAGAAAACAUUUUAUCCUUAAACAAUGUGUUCUGGACUACACUCCACUUGUCUCUUCCUUGUUUCAAAAAUCUGUAAUGGCAACUUCUUUAAGUUUUAAAACAAUUAAACAUAAAUUGCACAAUUUGCUAAAUCUGUAUCUCCCCUUUAUACAUUUUUAUUUUGUCUGAUAUCUUGUUUUAUGUUGAUUCAUUAUAAUGACCUUUAGCAUGAUUAAUUAAAGUUAUAAGAACUGUUACUCAUCACAUUAGAUAUAUGAAUAUGACAGCUUAAAAUGCUGAAUAAAAAGUGCUUCAGUAACCCAUUUAGAUGUAUAUAUAUGGUGUGUUAGCCAUUAGUACAUAACUAUUUAAAAGUUAGUAAUUACACAGUUUUAUAAAAUCAGAAGAUUUUUUAAAAAUCCAAAAAAGAACUUUGUUGUUGAUGCCAAAUGUUGUGGUUGUUUUAAUUUUUUCAAGACCACAAAUCAACUUGAAACUAAUGUAUGUGUGCAAAAGAAUUACUGACUGCUACAAAGACAUGCCAGGUAUUCAGUAGUUGUGUCUGGUCCAUCAUCCAGUAUUUAAGUAGUUGGAUAGUCUGAAUAAUAAUACCAAUUUCUGGUAUCUGUCAGUAGCUUAUAACUGGACAGUUUAGGUUUGAUGUGAUUGCCUCUGACAUGUCAUAUUCUGAUAAAAUUGUGUCUUGAUCAUAUUGUUCAUCUAAUGGUGUCCAAUUCAUUUUGGAUGACAUACUGGUUUUUGCAUUUAAGCUGUGUGUAUAAAAAAAAAUAAAAAAAAUUUAAAACUGCUGUAGAGAUAAUUACGAGUGUAUUAGUGAAUGUGAAUAAUAUUGGCAAUAUUAAAAAGCUAUAAUUUUGCUGAAAAGUUUUAGUUGCUCAGCAGAUUGUAUGAUCUUUCUGCUUGUUUCUUUCCCAUAAAUCGAGCUUCUUGUGAUCCUCAGUGUUUAUUGUAACGUGUGAGCCUUUGUAGCGAAAGGUGAAAGGAAAUUAUUGUUUAGGGAUAAGAUAAUUAUGUGUUAGAAUGAUUAUGGAAGACAAGUUCAUCACUACUGUGUACAAUUUUUAUAGUAUUACUAUAAAGCUAAAUUAGUAGUUUUAUAUAAGUGCAUGCUAUUACAUGUCUCAUUUGUCCAUGUAUAACAGCAGAUUUAUCACUGAAUAUAUGUUUGUUAUAAACAUUCUUUAUAUGCAACUUAGUGAUUCUUCUCCCCAAAUAUUUCAUGAAUGAUAACAAAAAGUUGGAAAUGAAUUUUUGAACUCACUUGAAUGAUGGAAAUAUUUGCAAGUUUUUUUAUAAGCAAAAACAAACAAAAAAUGUGGUUACAUGUAAGUUGAUUCAUUCCAACAUCAAAAUUAAUAGAGCAUUUGCAUUUCUGUGAAAAUAAAGAAGACCUCGUGUUAUUCUAGAGUUUUGAAACCUAUGCGAGUCCUGUAUAAAACUAAAAUUUACACCAGUGAUGAAUCUUAAUUGUUUCCAUGACAUUCAGAUAUUUACAUUAUCUGUGUAAAAUGUUCUUCUGAUAUCUCUCAUGUGUGAGAGUUUGCAGUAAUCUUUCUUGAGUGUGACUGUUAAGUGUCAGUUCUAAGGAAAAAAAAAAUAUUUCUCUUGAGACAUUGUCCUUUUGACAGGUAUAUAUAUAUAUCCACACACAGUACUACUUCUCUUGUCUCAUUCAUAGAAUAUUCUGCAGUCCAUUAUACAGUCAGUAAAUUUAUAUCCUAUAAUAUGAUAAAAGUUGUUGAGAAAGUCAUGCAACUUUAAAGUAAAGAAAAAAACAUUGAAGCUGGGUUAACUACAUGCUUGUAAUUAUGAUGUACAUAGCUAUGAAAAGUGUUUCUUGCUCACCAAGUUUAAAUCUAAGGAUAAACUGUAAAUGUUUGAAGUGCCUAUUGCAAAGGACUUGAAACCUAGAAUGGUCAAGAGACUUUUUUUUUUUUAAUUUUAUUUCAGUAUGUGUGUAUUUCUGUCAGUAAAGGGAAUAUUUUUUCUGUAUGUUAAAGAUGUUGAUUUAAUGUUUAGGGAUGCUAUUUUUUACAUGUCCACAUUGAAAUUCUUCGAGGGUUUUUUUUGUAGGUAGGUGCUUUUUAUGAAUUAUGUAUGUUAAUAAAGUGCUCAUGAUUUAGUUGUCCUGAUUAAAUAGAAAAAAAAUCCUA